AUGGCCCAAAUAAACAAACCAACCAGUGACUCGCCGCUGGUAAGACUCAUGGUUCUUGAGACGGACAAACCACAUCCAGAUACGGCAAGCGAUCGCGGGUCGUUCGGACAGAUUGUGCAUCACCACUUCUCCAAGGCCGGCGAGGCGCAUCAUCCCCCAUUGGCUGUUGAGACGGACCAGGUUUUUGUAGUGACGGAACAAGGAGGACGGAUGCCGAAAAAGGAGGAAUUUGAAGGGUAUCAUGGCUUGUUGAUCACAGGAAGCAUGUUUGAUGCUCAUGGGAACAAUCAAUGGAUACUGGAUUUGUUAACAUUACUCAAAGAACUAUGGCUAUCUCGGCCCGAUUUCCACUUCACAGGGGUCUGCUUCGGGCACCAAGUCCUCUCCCGCCUUCUCGGGGGCAAAGUCGCGCCGUCAGCCUCUCAAGACUGGGAACUUGGCCACUGCGAAAUAGAGUUGUCAUCCACAGGCCAGCGUCUCUUUCGUACCCGAGACGCAAAGAUUCAUCUACACCAGAUGCACCAGGAUCAAGUGACGGAGAAGCCCACGGUCAAGUCUGCAGGUGGGUUGCUGCCCGAUGAUGCUGAAAUCGCCGUCUGGGGAGGUAGUGACCACACGCCGGUGCAGGGCUUGUAUAUUCCCAAUAAGCUGUUUACAUCGCAGGCUCAUAUGGCGUUUGACGAGGACAUGGUAAAACGGCAGAUCCAGAUGAGGGUAGAUAAUGGGGGGAUUCAGGAUCUGGAGCAUGCCGAUAAGGCAGCGGAGACGGCGCAUUUGGAGCAUGAUGGGUUAGAGGUUGCCAAGGCGAUUUUGAGAUUGUUCAUGUACGAUGAUGAUGGAAUGGGCCUCGCGGCCAUUGCCUCCGCCUCCAUUGGUGAGCGCGACUCGGCGCCUUACAAAAAGGUCGUCGAGUCCAUCACCUCGUCCGUUGAGAGCCUGGACUCUGCCGUGCAGAGCUACAACGGCAAUGACAAGGGGCCAGUCAUUGACGCCUCCGACGCGCUCGUCAAGUCCCUCGACGACGGCAAGACGACCAUUGACGGCCUCGACAACCUGAGCGCCAGCGACGCCGGGCCCCUCUCCGGCGUCCUCAUGACGCUCAGCAGCAAGAGCCAGACGCUCACCGACGACCUCAAGAGCAAACGCGGCGACGUGGAAAAGGCGAGCGAGUGCGACGCUGUGCGCAAGGCCCUCGGCGACAUCAACACCAGCGCGCAGGCGCUCGUCGAUGCGGCGGUCAGCAAGAUCCCCAAGGGGCUGCAGACGCUCGCGCAGGGGUUCGUGUCCCAGUUUACCAACUCGUUCAAGGACACGCAAGAAUACUUUUCGACGUCCAACUGCAUCAAUGGCGGUGGCGGUGGAAACGGCACCUCGUCGUCGACUGGCGGCUCGGGAAGCUCGACGACCGCGGGCUCGACGACCUCUCCGACUAGUGGGCAGACGACUGCGUCUCCCAGCGGCAAGAGCGGCGCUUAUAUGCUAGCUCCUGUAUGGGGUCUAGGAGCGGUCAUGGCACUGUUUGCCGUCCCAUUGCAUCGCCUCAACAACUGCGGCCAAAGCCUCUACGAAAUGGUUCGUCGAUACUGCGAUGUCGCACCCUCGGAUGACUGCCCGAUGUUACACUGUUACAACACAGACAACUAUGACUUCGUCAACCAGCAGUGUCUCGCGGGCAAUAGUGUCGCGGACAGUCCCAACAACAGGAAACAACUACGUUUCUGCUGCCGCGCCCAUUACUCCGGCUUCUUUAAGUACCUCGAGACCUGCGGCCGUGGCCGUGUUAACGCGGGCUCUGGUCAGAACGACUACUGCGCCUAG